AAGUCAGUUUGUGUUGUGCAACCGAACAGAACAGAAGUCUAAGUCAAAAUAAUAAAAAAAAAUCGACUUCCGGAAAAUUUACGUAAAAAAAAAAUAAUUUAAACAUAAUUCCGGCCUUAAACUCAUUAGGUAAUUUUUUAUUGUAAUCACUUGUUUCAUUGAUAUUAAUUACAAAAAUUAUGAUUCUUUUUCCUCGAAUCGUGUUAAUUAAAUUGCUCGUUGGAGGAAUAAAAGCUAAAUGCAAGUGAUCGACUUCAAAGUAUUUAGCAAACAAUUGAAGGCUUAUACAAAACCCGGCAAUAGGAUUAUCAUUAUUAAAUUAUGCAGUUAUCAGUGACUCAAGAAAGGCAGUCCGUGCUGUGACUUCUAACAAAUCAGUGUUCUGAGUGAAAACUAUAAACAUUGUUAAAAUAAAGUGGACUUUUUUGUGUUAAAAUGACAAAAGGAGGUGAAAACACUAUUAGUAGAUCCAGGGUGGUGUUAUCACAGGUGCUAGCGUGCGUCGCGCUGAACGUUCUGCUGGUCGGGCUGGGCAUGUCAAUGUGCUUCGUCACCAUGGUCCUGCCUGACGUGUUGGACGCCAAGGAAGGCCUCUCUAUGAACCAGUCGCAGGCAUCUUGGUUUGGCAGCAUGGCGUUUCUAUGCCAGCCACUGGGCAGCAUAUUCUCCGGUCCCAUAUUGGACACUUUCGGAAGGAAGAAGGCGUUGUUCCUAGUCAACAUCCCUCACUUGGCAGCGUGGAUGAUCAUGUACUUCGCGUGGAAUGUCCCCUCUUUGUUUCUUGGCAACGCGCUGCUUGGCAUUGGCACUGGUAUCAUGGAGGCGCCAUCAAUUACUUACGUCGGAGAGGUUAGUGAUCCAUCUCUACGAGGCAUCCUUACAACGCUGACCAACAGUUUCACCUCGCUGGGUAUGUUCAUCGCCUACCUGCUGGGUACAGUCGUGUCGUGGCGGCAGGCAGCACUUGUGUCCGUCACUGUACCUCUGGCAACGAUGGUGCUAGUGUUGUUUGUUCCCGAAACACCGAUAUGGUUGAUCUCAAAAGGCCGUCAAAAAGAGGCUCUACAUUCCCUCUGUAGAUUACGAGGCUGGGCCCAACCGGAGGACGUCCAAAAAGAGUUCAAUGAACUCCUGCAAUACCACAACGCUUGCAGUGAUUGCAUUAUUUGCUCAAACAAUACAACCACAGAACAGAAACCAUGCGAGCAUUCCAGCUAUAGCAUAUUUAAGAAGGUGUAUCUAAAAUAUAAAUACUUGUUCUUUGUUAAGGAGACAAUGAGACCUUUUACGUUGGUCAUGGCGUAUUUCUUCUUCCACACCAUGAGUGGUUUGCUACCUGUGAGGCCUAAUAUGGUUAAUGUUUGUAAAGCUUUGGGCAUGAAGUUCGAUCCUAAAAGCAUAGUGGUAUCAGUUGCGGUGGUAUACAUAAUAAUGAACCUGAUCUCAGCUGCAAUAAUCAAAUCAAUUGGCAAAAGAAAACUAGUCUUGAUGUCGUUAUUCGGUACAUCGUGCUGCAGUCUUGCUAUAAGUAUAUACGCAGGCGUGAAUUUACCUUUCAGUGUGAAUUCAUAUGAACAAAACACUUUCCCAGAACAGAAGGAGUUUUUACCGGUGGUUCUGUUCAUGCUGUUGGUAUCAUUUACAAGCUCGGGAAUACCGUGGGUACUGCUGUCAGAAGUAUUUCCAUUCAGGAGCAGAGGUAUAGCGACUGGAUUGGCUGCUGCACUUAGCUAUAUCAUUUUCUUCAUAGCCACCAAAACCAAUUACAAUUUAGAAAUAGCUUUCCACAUUCACGGAACCUUUUUACUAUACGCCGGUAUAGGGCUAUUAGGUACAAUCUACUUAUAUUUCUUCUUGCCAGAAACAGAACGUAGGUCUUUAGCAGAAAUCGAAGCGUAUUAUAAAGGGAAUCAGAAAAUAUUCGCCGAUGAUUUUUUAAUUAACGCCUUUAGAAAGAGAAACGGCAAAAGCAUUGAAGUGAACAAACCUAUGCUAGUCAAUUGUUAAAUUCAGUAUACAUUUACCUACGUAAUGUAUUUCGUACGUCGUUAGUUAUUAUGUUUUUUGUUAAACGCUUAUAUAGGCUGACGAAGCCAUGUUUUAUUUCUAAGUAGCUACCUACUUAAUUGUUAAUUUUAGAAUAAUUGAUAUUGUUACUUCGGUCGCUGAAAUAUCUGUUUUUAAUAUGAUUUACAACAUUUUCACUUAGCUUAUUACGUUUCAAGGAGCCAUUAAUGCAUUUAUGCGGAGUUCAGUUGAAUUUCAACUAAUGAAUGGCUGUUUGUUACUAUAUUUUCACUAAUAAAUAGCUGUUUAGUAGUAAGGGAGACGGGUACUAGUUGUCACAAAAUAUGAAUAACCAUUUAAAAUAAAACUAACUAAAGUUGCCAGUUUUUCUUUAUUAAUCAUGUAUUGGGUUUAUUGGCUUUUAAUAAUUACACCUUUUUCUUACGGAAAUUACUCAUUUGUAUGAAUAAACUGAGAGGUGAAAAAUGAAAAAAGAAAGUGAGACAAGUUGUCCCGCUCUUGGGUAGGUUGUCUCAGGUGAGGUACAAUAAAAUAGAUUCUUAAUUCAAUACACAAUACUCAUGCACUAAUAAUCUUGCUUUUUGUCAUUGCUGCUUGCUCGUUACUGCUUGACCGAAUUUCAAAACUUCAAACUUAACAUGCCCUGAGAAUAUUCCCUUUCUUCGUUACAUAUUACUUUUUUUUUCAAUUUAUUAUCUAUCGGAAUUACUAUUUUCUUGGUGCUCAUUGCACUGUUAACGUUUACAAAAAACAUAGCGGUUGUUAGAACAUUACAAUAUGUAAAGGAGUGUAUUGUUCAAGUGACAACCAGCCCAAUUUUUUUUAAGACAACAUGCACCACAUUAAAAAAUAUAUAAUUAUUCUAAAAGUAAACAAUUGAUAAUAAAUUAAUUUAAACUUGACUAUUUUUCUAUUAAAUCUAUAUAAAUAAUUCCUAUAACAAAUAAAUUACUGUAGUCAUAUCUUUACUCAAAUAAUUCACCAAUAUUUACUUAAUUAAGGUAUUUUUAUAUCUUUUCCUACACUCGUCGAUAUACUCUGGCGGCCAUGACACUUUCUAAUGUUGGUAGCAGUAGGAUGCACUCGAAAAUACUUUUCUUAAAUCUUUUUACUUUUUAAAAUAUUGAACUUGUGACAACUAGUACUUUAGACAAUGAAAACACCCUUCCCGUACAUUUUCACUAAUAAAUAGCGGAUUUAAGCUAUGUUUCUAUAAAUAAUUAUCCAUUUGUGAAAAUCGUUACAGUAUUUUUUGAGAUUAGAGCGAACAAAUUUAUUAAAAGACUUUUUUAUAGAAAAUGUAUGUGAGAAAAUUAUAUUUAUAAGAAACUCAUAUUGAGUGUAUCUAAUAAUUGAAUAAUAGUAAAAUUUUAAAGAAAUUUUAUGGAAUUUAGAAACUGUGAACCUAUGUAUGAUAGGCAUUUUAACAUUUAACUAUUGAUAAAUGAAAAAUAAAUACCAAAUUAUUAAAAAAAUUGCACAAAAAUGUACAUCGUCGAAUUGUUAUAAUAUUACGGUAUUUUGCACAAAAAUGUAUACGAAUGUAUAUAGAAAUAAAAAAAUAAAACAAUACCUACUAAGUUUUAUUUAAUAAAGAUAUUGAAAUUA